AUGUGACAUCCAAACACACACAGACAGUGAGAGAGAAUGAGAGUUGUGUUUGUGUUUGUGUUUGUGUAAUGAAAUGAAUCUCACCUUUUAAUUAAAGCAAAAAGCAUUCUCUUAAGCUAUCUCUCUCUCUCGCUUGAUAAUUCAGUCAUAUCUCUCUCUAGUGAUAACGUACAAGUUAUAAAUUUAUAUCUGGAAUUAGAACAAUGUCAGCUUCGCCGCCGGGAGCAUCUCCGGCGCCAACAUCACCCCCAUCCACUAACUCAACAGCGCCACCUCCAACCACCACCACUCCCCCACCAGCACCAGCUACAUCCACUUCUCCACCUCCAUCUGCUACCACAUCUCCGCCGUCUCCAUCAACUCCGGCGCCGUCUACGUCUCCGCCGGCACCAAUCAAUGCUCCUCCGCCAGUGACGCCUUCCUCUCCAUCACCACCAGCACCCGCCGCACCGUCCACUCCUGGCUCCACUCCGGCCACCAGGUCUCCUCCGGUGAGCUCCCGAUCUUCGCCGCCGCCGCCACCCAAGACACAGUCUUCUACUCCAACGCCUUCGUCGUCGUCGUCGUCUUCGUCCGUGUCGAGUGGGUUGGUGAUAGGGGUUGCAAUUGGGGGAGUGGUGAUACUAGUGCUUAUUACACUUGUUUUUAUUUGCUGUAGGAGGAAGAAAAGAAGAGAUUAUGGGCCUCCUCCUAAUUACUAUUUCCCACCCACCUCCGCUCCUCCUAAAGACCCUUAUGGUGGCCCGCAACAGCAAUGGCAGAACAAUGCUCCCCCACCAGGGGACCAUGUCAUCUCAAUGGCGCCAAAACCGUCUCCUACGCCUAUAGUGUCUAGACCUCCACAAUCCCCAUUGCGUUCUCCAUCACCUCAACCCCCACCUCCACCGCCUUUCAUGAGUAGCAGUGGAGGUUCUGGAUCCAAUUAUUCAGGGUCCACUAAUCCACUCCCACCACCUUCUCCUGGCAUGGCAUUGGCGUUUGCAAAGAGCACAUUCAAUUAUCAAGAAUUGGCAAUGGCUACAGAUGGAUUCUCUGAUGCAAACCUCCUUGGACAAGGUGGAUUUGGGUAUGUGCACAGAGGUGUCCUUCCAAAUGGCAAAGAGGUUGCAAUUAAGCGCUUGAAAGCUGGUAGUGGGCAGGGGGAGCGUGAAUUUCAGGCAGAGGUUGAAAUCAUUAGCCGAGUGCAUCACAAACAUCUUGUUUCUUUAGUUGGAUACUGCAUGACCGGAGCAGAAAGAUUGCUUGUGUACGAGUUUGUUCCAAACAACACCUUGGAAUUUCACUUACAUGGGAAAGGGAGGCCUACCAUGGAAUUUACCACAAGAUUGCGAAUUGCUCUGGGGGCAGCAAAAGGACUGGCUUAUCUACACGAGGACUGUAAUCCUAAAAUCAUACAUCGUGAUAUUAAAGCAGCUAACAUCCUUCUUGAUUUUAACUUCGAGGCAAAGGUUGCAGAUUUUGGACUUGCUAAGAUCACUUCUGAAGUGAAUACUCAUGUUUCUACUAGAGUGAUGGGAACUUUUGGGUACCUUGCUCCUGAAUAUGCUUCUUCUGGUAAACUAACUGACAAGUCAGAUGUUUUCUCCUUCGGUAUCAUGCUUCUAGAGAUGGUAACUGGACGUCGACCGGUUGAUUCGGCUCAAACUUUCAUGGACGAUAGUUUGGUUGAUUGGGCAAGACCCUUGCUCAAUAGAGCUUUGGAAGAGGGAAAUUUCGAUGAUCUUGUCGAUACCCGGUUGCAAAAAGAUUAUAAUCCCAGUGAAAUGUCGCGCAUGGUUGCUUGUGCUGCUGCCUGUGUUCGUCAUUCAGCAAGGCGUAGACCGCGAAUGAGCCAGGUGGUUCGUGCUUUGGAAGGAGACAUGUCUUUAUCAGAUCUUAACGAAGGAAUUAGACCUGGACACAGUACAGUCUACAGUUCACAUGGAAGUUCAGACUAUGACACUAUGCAAUACAACGAGGAUAUGAAAAAGUUCAGGAAGAUGGCAUUGGCUAGCGAAGAGUAUGCUAGUAGUGAGGUUAGCCGACCUACCAGUGAAUAUGGCUUAUAUUUAUCUGGAUCAAGCAGUGAAGGCCAACAAACUCGUGAAAUGGAAAUGGGGAAGAUGAAAAAGGAUAGUAGAGGUUUUAGUGGAAGUUCUGGUUUCUAAUCUGCUUCACACCCGCUUCAUGUCUAUAGUUCAACCAGCUAACAUCCAUAGCUACCACUUCACUUUUAGGUUGCAGCGAUUGUGAGUAUUACAUUGUUUUGCUUGAGAUAAUGACACAAUUCUUUCACCCUUUCUUCUGAAAUCUUCUUGUGUUCCAUUGUUUUUUGUUUUGGCUUAUAUAACAAAAAUACCAAUAUUCAUUCUUUUAUUUGAUUGUUCAACAUCCAAUUCGGAGUUGGCUGUUAGGGACUUUUUUGUUCA